AUGCCCUUUGAACAAUAUUUAGCAGAUGACAAGCCACAAAGGAGUCAACAGUACUCUAAUCACUACAGCAAUUACAAUGAUGGAUGCUAUAGCAUCAAUGGUCAUGAAUACUCUAAUGGGAUUCAUUUUAAGAUAUAUCAGUUCAUGUAUGAUGGUCCUUCAAUACUAACCUCAGGUGGUGGUGUGAAGGUCCUCCCACCUGGUCUUCUUGACAGCCCAGUUUUCAUUCUUCCUCUCAGUCUAGAUGUCACACCAGUAUGGGGGAAAGUCCCUGAUGGAAACAUCCAAAAGAGCAAGGAGUGUCACUUUAUUCUACUAAAUGCCAUAGCAUACUUGAAAAAAUCUCUCUCUGCAGAUGAGGAAUACCAAACUAGCAUCAUCAACUACCGUAAAGACAGACAGGCCUUCAUUAAUCUUGUGACCGUUGUAGGGAGUUAUAUUACUCUGGGCUUGUAUUGA